AGGGGCGACGCUCUGCACCAUCCCACUCGUCCAGGAAGCUGUCCGACGAGACGGCCGACGUUUUGUAUUUUCCUGGCUUCGCUCUCGACCUCGCUGCCGCUGCGACGACCGCCCAAUCGCGCGCGGGCAGCAUCGCCGACGCGGUAGCUGAUACGUGGCAAGUGAGCUCCGCUUCGGUCCGGCCAUCUGUACGCAUUGAUUCCCAGCCGCGAGCAACCAUCGACCAUGUCAGCAACCGCGAGCACCUUGGCUUCCAACCCUUUGGCGCCGCUCAAUGCCGCCACGGUUCAGCCGAUACUGCGACCAACUGCGUCCGUCAGCACGGUCGCCUUCCGUGACGGACGGAACAUUAGCAUCAAUGAUUUCAUCUAUAUUUCCCCGCCAUGGUCACCGGGUGCAGGCGAGCCUUACCUCAUUGGUCGUGUUAUGGAAUUUGUCAUGGUUCCCGCCGACCUCGCCGCCCCAGGCCCGUCGACAGGACGAGUCAACCGGCUGCACGUUCGCGCGAAUUUGUUCCUGCGCUCGAGGGACAUCUCGCUGCGCAUUAACAAUGAUCAGCGGCUCGUCGUCGCUACUAUGAACGCCGAAAUUUUCUCCCUCGAGAAUAUUCGCGGUACAUGCGAGGUCAGGCAUCGUGACCAUGUCGGCGACGGUUCCGCACCAGAUCUGGCCAUCUGGAAGAAGCAAGAGGGUCGAUUCUAUUUCCAUCAACUCUACGAUCGCUACAUCCAUCGCUUUUACGAUAUCAUCCCAACGGAAAAGCUGCGCAACGCCCCAGCAGAGGUGCUUGAAUUUCUUCGGAAUCAUUACUCUUUCAUUAUCGCCGAGCCAGGAAUGCAGAGUGAACUGUGCGAUGCGUUGAGAGGUUGCGCAACUUGCAAGCAAUGGGCAUCCAGCCCUGAGUCCGUACGAUGCGACACGUGCAAGCAGUUUUGGCACAUGCGAUGCCUGAACCCUCCUCUCUCCGCCAAGCCGGCGAAGGGUUACAGCUGGACAUGUGCACCAUGCACAAAAAAGCACGAAUUGGCUGUCGAGGAAGGCAAGUCUGGCAGUUCUACAUCAUUGGGCAUGUCACGUCUGCCGGGCUCGCAAGGAUCCAUUAAAGGCGGGCCGGAGACGACAGCAGUCAAGGCCAAAGCUGGAUGGCCGAAAGGGAGAGCCCGAACGAAGAUCAAUCGAGACACAAUGACACCCGAGGGUUCCCUCGCACCGCAGCGCGUAGUCGCCGAUCUAAAGGGAACGAGGUGUUUCAACAAGUGGCCUUACAGGUAUUUCGGUCAACACACGGAUGCUAUGGACGUUCUCGAUCCGUAUGAUUCGAUCUACCCGCGAGCGACCACGCGUCUCGGUGUCAAGUUCCAAACAGACCUACUCUCAUGGGAAGAGCAGCUUCAGCUCGGCAAAGGCGAGCGAUCGGCAGAGCUGGUGCAGCCUGUCAAACAUGAAGGAGCCGAAGAUGAAGCCAAGCACGUCAAUGGCGGCGGCACAGUAGCUUCUGUUGUUGUAAACGGCCAGCCUCUUGUGAAGAAGAUUGAUUUAGAGCCACUUGAUUCUCAAAUGUCGACGCCAAUCGGCUUGCCCCCACCGGGGUCAUGUACCACCCUGGCCUCUGCGACAGCAAUUUCGUCCAUGUCAGCGUCCACUACCCCUUCAGAGCAAACGCCAGCGGCAGCCGACAUCGUAUCUUUUACUUCCGCGUCGUCUCAAGUGUCCACGAAACGAAAGCCAGGGCGCCCUGCGAAGAAUCGAUACCAGGAAGGUGAUGGGUCCGCUGCUAAUGUUGAUUACGCUACCCAAUCAGCAACACCAAUAACAGAUGCCACGCCGGAGCUAGCUGCUCAGGCACCGUCAACGAUUAUUACGGUUAAACGGAAACCAGGGAGGCCGCGCAAGAGCGUGUUUGGCGAGGACGGUGCCGCCUUGGAAGGGCCUUCUUCAGCAAGAGGCAGCCCGGCACCCGCGGUACUCAUUCCACCCCCUUCGGCUCCUUCAGCAGCCGACAGCAUGGCGGCCUCACCAGCACCCGAAGGCCCUUUCGUCCCUGUCAGGCGGAAGCCCGGUCGCCCGCCAAAGAAGCAGCCCUCAUCACACGCAGCUUCGCCUGCUCCUGGCGCUUCGCCUGCUGUCGGCACCGUCGAGCUUCCAAAUGCCGUGCCCACAACUUCCAGCUUGCACCCACCGGAUGCGCCAGAAGCAGCGGUAGCUGGAGCGGCGGCGGAUAUUCCGGACCUCACGCCCGUACCGGAUACCUCACCUCUUCCUAAUAGAGGCUCAGAUGAGACGGUUGAAGUGGUAUUUUCGCCGGAAUUAGGGCUUUCUGACAAACUUGUCGGUGCUUUUCUGCGGGCUGCCCAGAAGCAUAUGACAGUCAGCGCCGGCAUUGACGAAUUCAAUGUGGACUUGAUGAACCGUGCCCUGAUGCUCCUUUGUCGGCAUAAGGACUCAGUUCCAGCAGGCCUUGCCGAAUUCACGAAGAGUAGCCCGCAAGAUCUGCGAAUUACCACAUGGACAGCCAGGGAGAUCAAAGCUUUGGAGGCGGCCGUGCGAGAGGCACCGCUAGAUCUCAAGUACUGCAAGAAACUAAUCCCCUCGAAGAAGUAUGGAGACCUUGUCCGAGCCUUCUAUGCACACAAAGGACGCAAGUAUGGAGCUAUCUGGGAGGCGAAACGGAAAGGAAACACUACAGCUGCAGAUGAGCUUGAGCGGCCCCAUGCGAUCAGUCGUGCCGUUUCACCUUCCUUGUCCAUCAUUGGCGGUGGUGGCUCACAUGGCGUGCUUUCGUGCACACUCUGUCAGACGACCAAGAGCUCCGUGUGGUACAAGGGCCCGUACGUAUGGCCAAAUCGCGCGAUGUGUGUGGACUGUGGUCUCCAUUGGCGAAAGUAUGCCGUAGAGCUCAACACUCUCGAUGCGAUCACAUCUAACAAGCGGCCAGCGCCCGAUGAUUCUGGACUCGGUGUUCCCCCACCCAAAGCUGCGAAAACCAAGGUCGAUCAGCAAGCGAGUAACAAGACGGAAGAGCCCUCCAUGCCAGAAAUUCUACCUCCGCCACCUCGCCCAGAGCCUACGAAAUGCACAUUUUGCAAAAAGCUAGAGCCAAAGAAAAAGCUUGUGCAAUGUGCAAAUUGCUCCAUGAGCGUACAUCAAGGGUGUUAUGGCUGCUCGGAUGACGCUCUCAAGGCGGAUCAGUGGUUCUGCGAUGCCUGUGGCAAUGAAAGAUAUCGAGAGCAUCUUUUGUCACCCUAUUGCAUUCUUUGCCCUUUACCUCGCAAUUUCGCCAAUGUGGGCAAUCUCAGCAACCUAGACAAGCCACUCACGGGUCCUGGCUCGGGUCGGGGUCGUAAACCGGCAACGUCGAAAGAAUCGAGCAUAAAUGCGCCUCCUCCACUCACGCCUCUCGAGGUGAUGAAGCCGACAGAGUACCACAACUGGGUUCACAUCCUUUGCUCCAUCUAUAUUGCCGAGUGCCUGUUCUCCAACACCGAAACUCUGUCCCUCGUGGAAGGCGCUAGCAACUUGCCUCCUUGGCGUUAUUCAGCUAGGUGCGAGAUUUGCGGCGAGGUUACAGGCGCAUGCGUGUCUUGUGCAGAGCAAGGCUGCCGCAAGACUUUUCAUGUAUCGUGCGCCUACGCUGCUCAGCCCUUUUAUCUCUUUGGCUUCGAGAUCAAGCCUGUGAAAAGCGUUCGCAGGGACCAGACGGCAACUGUAUCCUUCAAGAGUGAGACGGGCAACAUGAAAGCACUGAUCUGGUGUCAAGACCACAAGGACGCCGCCAAGGCAAAGACGCUGUACGACAUGUCCGAGACGGAUCCAGCCACCGGUCUUACUGCACUUCAAGCUUUCGCACGAACACACAAACACCUGACGGCGUUGAAUCACACGCACACCGCUGCCAAGGAAGUGGACAGCAGUUUCGCUUUACUGCGGCGUGCACGACGUGCAGACGCGACAGUCGGUUCGAGCAGCGUAUUCGUGGAUGAAUCGAUGCGCGCGACUCCGCGCGGCGCUGUCGGCCGGAGCAGUCGGAGCAACAGCCAUACCGGUGACGCGAGCACCGUCUCCGCUGAAUACCACCAUGACCAUGAUCAUGCCCACGCUCACCUGCCGCCCCUACGAAGAUGCUGUAAAUGCGGCACGCCAUACUCGCCCUACUGGUGGACUGUACCAGACAGCGGCCAUGGCGUUGGUGAAAGUGAUGCGGAGGAGCAGGGCGGGAAGGGUAGGAACUGUGGUGGCAGCGCCAAUGUUUGCUGCAAUCGUUGCAAGCCUGAAGUGUUUGCGACUGUGCAAGACACGUCGAUACAAGUGACGGACCCGUUAAAGCAGGCGUGAUCGAUGUGCCUUUCGGUAUCUGGCACAUCGAUGAAUACUCUUGCAACCUGUCCGAUCUUUCAACCCUUGCCGUUCUGUCAGCUUGGAUGCGAAGAGGCAAUGGAGCAU